UAAAAUCAUUGUUUUUUUUUAUUUAUUACAAAACAUGAAAUACCAAUCCAAGCUAAACAUAAACAGUUGCUGUAGCUUCUACGUGGGAAUUGUAACAAAAUUUACUCUAUCUGAGAAUGAAUUAGAUGCGAUAUUGUGUGAUGUAAAGAUUGUGGGGUAAGUAGCAUGACGGCAAGCACUGCUGGCUGUGGGCGGGCGGAGUGCGCGAUCGGUCGGCGUCGAGCCGCCUUCAUCCAGUAAUCCAGUAGCUACCAGACGCCGCACCGGUCGCACGUUCCAGCGUCACUGGCUCUUGCUACCCCCCGCGUACGGCUCGCCCCUAGCGCACCACCUUCGCGCCGGCACAACAAACUCUGCCCUUGCGAUAAAUGUGAUUCUGAAAAAAAAUAUCAUUCACCUCAGUGACCAACCUAUGAAACUCGCGAAGCAAGGAAGAAGAAUAUAAGAAUACCGAAUACCAUACACAAUAACUGAAACUUUUUGGGCGUACCUUAGAUGAUAUAAUGUUGGGCAGAAGCCCAUCGGGUGACGUUGGCGAGCUGUAUACUUAGUGGAGGGAAAUGCCCUUGUGGUUGGGGGCGCGAGCGCUAAGUAUGCGAGUGUACUGUCUGACAACGGUUCUCGCGGCGCUGGCUCUGCGCUCAGCGGCUGAGCCUCCUCGCCGUUACCCCACAGAGUGGCGUGCAGACCGUGACCUGACCCGAUCUCGACCUCUACAAGAAAUAUUCGACCCGGAACAUGCCUCUCCCGACACAGAUGUUGCAUACGCUUCUCGUCAGCCACCACCUUUACCUCCAGGCGCCUUACAUAAAGAACGACGACGGGCACGUAACAACAAAAGGGCUCCACACCAAAUUCCAUCUGAAAUUGCGAACCAAAUGAUGCUAAGAGCUUCGCGCUCUAGUCGACCUUAUGAUGUACCACAAAUAGAAUGUCCACCUGCUGCGGAUGGUAUGGAAAGGUUUGCCUGUCCUACACCGGACCGGCAAGGACGUUACCGAUGUAUCGACGAUCACGUGCUUUGCGACGGAUUCAUUGACUGUCCUAGUGGUGAGGAUGAAGAUCGACAAGCCUGCAUGUUCUAUAAAACGACUAAGGCCCACCUUGACGUAUUGGCUGACGCGCUACUUCGAUGGGCACGUGGACGCUAAGCUAAAAACUAUUAUGGAAACCUGGCUCCUUAAGCUCUUGGAAUUUCUUCAGUGCUUAACUGACAAAGAUUUAUUACUUUAGUUCGGAAGCCAUCAUCAAGUGAAAAUAUGCUGCGCAAACAAAAAUUUACUCGGACGUCACCAGUCAUUAAUGUGUUGAACAAAUAAUUGAAACAUAUCAAGUAGUGGUGCAGCCUAUACCAAAAACUUAACCAUGUGAAGUGUAGUGUUUGGAGAAUUCCUACCAACAUAAAGCUUACGUGAUGAACGUGGUAGGCGCACCAUUGGGAUUGCGAUACACUGAUGGACUAAGUGAUAUGGUUUCGUCCUAGCAAAUCUUCUCAGCUGUUUAUGUUACGGUUGGAUCGAGUACUAAAUUUGAGACUGAUAGCGAACAUGUUAGUCAGUAGAACAUUUACAUUACACUUACCAACUGUUUUUUGUGUAGUAACUCUUUAUUUGUUCUGUAACCUUCCUACUUGGUAUUUCAAAAAUUCCUUAUAUUAAAGGUUGUAAAUUAU